AUGACCAACGCCGCAUCGCGACAGCAGGCCAAGAACGCCAAGGCUGCCACAGCCGCUGCCCCCGCCAAGUCCGCUAGCGCUACGGCAGUCAAGGUGACGAAGAUGACCGCGAUGGUAGCUGCCACGCCGACUCCCGCCUCCCAGUCCAAGCCGUUCGCGUUGAGCGACGUGACUACGUGGAGCGUGCAGCGAGCCCGCCAGAUCCGAAAGGCUGACCACGAACGGUUCGUGAAGUUCCUCAGCUACUUCACCGCCAAGGACGAGGCGGUGGCCAAGCUCAUCAACAGCAAGGCCAAGUCUAAACGUGAGAACGUCGAUCAGUGGGUGCGCAGUGUCUUGAGCCCAAAGACUCUCGCUUGCGUCCAGGACACACAGGAGACCCAGCAGACACUGCUGUCGCUGAUCACUGUGUCGGCUGCCCUCAGCAAGUACGGCGAGCUGGAGUUGGUCCGUAGGAAUAUGGGCAGUGCCACUAUCGCUUCGAAAGCGCAGCAGUCGAAGCAGCAAACGCAGCACUCGGUGGGUGCUAGCUUCGUGCUGCGGUUGGUGCUGGGCUUGGCACCUGAGAAGCGAGCCGCCUGCCAGACUCUGCGUGAGAUCCUGAGCCUCGACAACAAUGGGCGGUUAAUGCUGGCACCGACCACUAAGGCGUUGAAGCCAAUCUUCGGCAAGACGAACCCAGCGGAUUGGAGCAAGGUGAACCAGUACAAGCUGAAGCACAUGGUGAAGCAAGCCCAGUCCGACAAGUUCCAAGAGGCCAUGCUGCAGCUCGGCGGCCAGCACCUGUACGACGCUAUUCGUACGCAGCUGAAGCAGAUCGGCGGCGCCUGGGAUGCCAGCAAGGACAAACCUGCUCUGCAGGCGAAGAACGCCCGCCCUCGGUCAAACUCUACGGAGAAGAGUGUGAAGUCGCAGAAGGAGGCCGAACGACGGAAGGAGCAGCCUGCAAAGCACGCCACCCAAGGCCAGAUCCAGGCCGCCAAGAAGACACAGGCACCGCCUCCAACACCGGUAAAGGUGACCAAGGACACCCUCCCGAAGAACAAGGUGCAGAACAAGAGCUCCACUCCCACCAAGAACACUUAUCAUAUCAACAACGCAGUGCCUGUGAAAGGGGUGUCUCUCAUGGGGGCCUGGGCUGGACCUGUUCCAGCCUCGGUAGUGCUGGGUCGGCCUGGUGCUAUCGUGAGCAGCGCGCCUACCAUGUCGGCACGAGCAGGAAACGGUGGCCGCGCGAUCCUCUCUAGGGCAUUCUAG